CAUUCCUCAGUUGUAAACAAACAGACGCGCGCUCAGCUGAGACAGAGAGAAAGAUAGAGGGAGAGAGGAAAAAGUGAUAAUAAUAGUGAUAAUAAUAAUAACGGGAGCAAAUAGAGACUGUGUUAUUAAAAGAAGCAGUGAGAGAAGAAAAUAACAGUAGAACAGUUGAUAGAAAAACAAGGUCGUGGUCAGAAAUACUCCUGAAAAGUGACAUUUGAUACCAGGGAAAGGUGGUAACUCUACAUUGUAUUGGUUAUUAUAUAAAGACUAAAUUCCUGUUUGCUGAAGUCUCACCACAACCACUACAAACUGUUGCUCUUCCUUGCUGUGGCUUAGCUCUGUAAUGCCCACAUGACACCCACAGCGAAAGUUGAGGGGGGCGGGAAGGAGCACGGGAGUGUGAUACUGUUUGACGAGUCUAAGGCCGAACUCUUCAAACUCAGCGAUGGGUACAAGUCACUGCACAAGAAGCUCAAGACGCAGUGGAAGGUUGUCAGUAACCGGGAAGACCUGAGCAAGGAGAGUGUGGCACAGGUAGCUGUGGUGGUCCUGGCAUGCCCCCGACAGCGCUUCACAGAGGGGCAGUUCUCCAUCCUGAGGCGCCAUGUGGACGAGGGCGGCAGUCUGUUUGUGCUGGCUGAGGAAGGCGGCGAGAAGAAGGCAAACUCCAAUAUCAACUUUCUGCUGGAGGAAUAUGGCAUUGCUGUGAAUAAUGAUUCCGUGGUGAGGACCUGCUAUUACCGCUACUUCCACCCCAAGGAGUGCCUGAUCAACAACGGCAUCCUGAACCGUGCCAUCCUGGAGGCCUCGGGGAAGAACAUACCCAGCCUGAUCUUGGAUGAAUCGCGCUCCAGCAGGUCUAUGGCCUUCGUGUAUCCCUUCGGCUGCACCCUGAAUGUGGCACGCCCUGCUGUGGCUGUUCUCUCCACCGGCAGCAUCUCCUUCCCUCUCAACAGACCAGUGUGUGCCUUCUACGAGCACCCGAGGAACCGGGGACGUGUGGCAGUGCUCGGCUCGGCCCACAUGCUGUGUGACCAGUACCUGGACCGUGAGGAGAACAGCAAGAUCAAGGACGUGGUGUUCCAGUUCCUCACCGCCAAGGACUUCAAGCUGAACCAGAUUGAUGCUGACGACCCAGAGAUCUCGGACUACAACAUGACUCCUGAUGUGGCGUGCCUGGCCGAGAACCUGCGCACGUGUCUCCAGGAGUCUGAGGAGGUGCCCACAGACUACACCCAGCUCUUCCACACACAGCUCACCUCAGUGGACAUGCAGCUGGUGCCAACAAGUCUGGAGGCUUACAACAAGCUUAACGUGAAGCAUGAACCGCUGCGCCUCAUCACACCACAGUUUGAGACGCCCCUGCCGCCUCUCCAGCCCGCGGUGUUCCCUCCUUCAUUCCGGGAGCUGCCCCACCCCUCCCUGGAGCUGUUUGACCUGGACGAGGCCUUUAGCUCAGAGAAAUCCAGACUAGCACAGGUGACCAACAAGUGCAAAGAUGAGGACCUGGAAUACUAUGUGAGGGAGUGUGGGGACAUCCUCAGUGUGAUGCCCAAACUCCCACCCAACGCUAGGGACGCCAAGCACAUUCUGGAGUACAUCUUUACCCAGCUGGUGGAGUUCAAAAAGCUCAACCAGGACCCAGAUGCCUUCAGCCGAUCCGAGAUGGAAGGCGAACUGUGAGGAGCAGGAGAGAAGAUGUUACCAGACACCAACUCGAUACAGGGCUGUAUCUCUUGUGACUUGUGUAAUGUAUGAAUUCUGAGCAUAAAGAGGGAAGACACUAAGCACCAAUUCACUACUUGUAUAAUGGAGUGUGUUUACUGACUUGUGUGAUUCAGUGAGGUAUGUCUCCUAAUGAGCAAGGGGGAAAACAGACACUAGGCACUAAUUCAUUACUGUAUAUUGGAGUGUUUCUGUUAAUAUGUUUGUGUCAUCUAGUGUAGUAUGAAAUAUGUAUGACUGAGCUCUGGUUUUUGGAGAGAGAGAGAGAGAGAGAGAGAGAGAGAGAGAGAGAGAGAGAGAGAGAGAGAGAGAGAGAGAGAGAGAGAGAGAGAGAGAGAGAGAGAGAGAGAGAU